AACAGUACAUAGGAUGGUUGGGAAGCGACGCUUCCGCUCAGAGAUGCUGUAGCCAGAAGUCCAGAUGGUUCUAGCUGGCAUUGUGACCAGCAAGCAUGUCAGCCAUUGAGUUAUUUGGCAAAUGCAAAAUCAGCCCAAAAUUCUAGUCCAGUUGGUAAGCCAGGUAUUAUGGCAUUGGUACGUGGAUUAUGACCGGUAUAUAUAUACACCACAAAGCGUUGAACCCUUUUUGUUUCUCCCUAGUAUCUACCUGCAGAAAACCCCGAACAUCCUGGAGCCACAUGCUGUUCGCCUCCUGCACUCCAUUCAUUCAUUUAAGGCAACCCUUUACCGCGUUGCAUCUCGGGCUUGGCCAUACCAUUCGAUUUAUAAAAUCUACGAGUACCUGACUGAUGCUCAACUCCGACUGCGAAUCUCGUUCUACUCCAUGAUUUUAUAAUUCAGAAAGAUGAACUUCUUCCUCUCCAGCGUCUCCGUAUGGAUGUCAGUAUUGCGACCAUAGCAAUGGCGCCGGUUGGGCAGCCAGCCCGACAGUUA